AUGGCGACCCUCAGCGCAGAAGCCGAGAUCGCCAUCGUCGGCGUCUUCGUCGCCCUCCUCCCCACAGCCGCACUCUUGUUCCAGUGCUGGCUCAGGCAUCGCCGCCGUCAUCCCUUCACAUCCUCCCACCCCGCGCAUGAGCGCACGCGCGACUGGCUUCUGGACGACCUCGAGCUCGCCCGCACCAGCCGUGGGUCCAGCCUCCGUCCCCUCGAGCACCCCUUACCCGGCCCGCAGCCGCCAAUCUCGGUCCUCAACAUCGUCGGCUGGCCCCAUUCGACGAUGCAUCAACAUACUUACUGCUCCCACUGCACCAACCCUCCCUCCUUGCACCGGCAAGAGCCGCAUCACCGGCUGCUAGCAGGUGCGGCAGGCUAG